AUGGCUAGGAAAGGUCGUUACACUAAAAAAGCAAAAUUAGGACCAGGAUGUCAGCAACCUCACACGGCUCCAUCUCCGGCUUCAGCUGCCCACGACUCUGAAAUGCGCCCAGACAGCAGUGAUAGUGUCCCUGCAACUGCACGCCCAUUCAUUCCUCCACGUAGUGUACCAAGGCCUGCUCCACAAACGAGCACAACUAACAUUCAGAACUCGGAGCCAGGCCACGUAAACUUGGCAGCCAAUGCAAAUAACGUAGAUUCACUUGAUCAACAAGCUGAUGACCCCGUUAUUAAUUCUAGUGCUCAGCGUCGCAAAAGACGCAAGACUACAGAGUUUUGGGCAGUUAAGAUAAUCGAUUCUGACGGCACAAUUAAGCCAACAAGACUAAGCGUGAGGGAGGCUAUGGAACGGCCUAACGGUAGGAAGAUCGUGCUGAGGUUCAACAGGGCAAAGCAAGCAAUUAGAGACGAAGCUGGACUAUUGAGUGGCGUGCUUGGUCUGCUGGAAACUGACUAUGGAAAAUUUCCUAUCUGUGAAAGAAGUUGGCGUAAGAUUACGACUAAAGACAAGCAAAUUUUCCACUUUGAUGAAGAUAUUGAAGGAACGAUCAAGAAAAAUAUUCUAAAAAGUAUGGGAAAGUCUUGGAAGGAAAGAAGGCUGAGGUUGUACGAUACUUUUUAUGAGCCAACACUUACGACUGAAGAAAACAUUGAGCAACGUCCGCCUGGAAUCGAUCGAGAGCAUUGGAGAUGGUUCCUUAACUAUCGUGCCGAAGAGGAGACAAAGGAGAAGUGCAAGAAAAAUGCGGCUAAUCGAUCAAAGCAACUAUAUACCCACACUGGUGGGUCGAAAAGCUUUGCACGGCGGAUGGAAGAAGAGUCGGAAGAACAAGGGAGAAGCAUCGGUAGAGGAGAGUUAUGGAUAAAAGUGCACAAAAAAAACGAUGGCUCCUACAUCAAUGAUGAAGCAAGAGUAAUUGGUGAGAGAAUUGAGGAGAUUGAGCAACAGGAUGAGUCUUCUAGAUGGACCGACUCCUAG